AAUAUAAAGCUGAUUACGAUUAUAUGGCUCAUAGUUACCGUAAUAAUUCGAAGGUAUUAACAGCUUACAUGACAAUAUGAUAUUCCCAAUCGCUAUAGUUAUUAUCACUCAAUGGUUUGGCAUACAGGGAUCCGUUCCUAUAGUUUUCGAGGAUGUCGUAUUUCCGGUUUACAGUAAGGAAUAUUUCACAGAACCUGAAGCUUACAUAACUGAUGAGAAUGCAUUGGCUGUGAAUUUCACGAUAAUUAAAUUACUUCCGAUUGAAGCUCAGUAUCAUUCUGUAUUAUUAGCAGCAUCAAUGGGUGAAUAUGUUGUGAACACUGGAAUCAAAAUACAGAUGGACUUGUGUGAUAUAAUCGAGGAACCUAUUUUAUCGGCUGGUCUUUUUCGAGAAUUAGGGUUUUCUGAAGACCAUUGCCCACCUGAAAUCGGUACUUAUGGAACUGAAGGUUAUAUACUUCCAACAGAUGGAUUACCAGAUAAUAUCCCACCUAAUCAAUACGUGAUGACUACAAGUAUAUUAUACGAGGGAAAAUCAUUAUUGAUAAUGCAAACAUUUUUUAAAGUUCAAUAAGCCGUGGUUAUUUUUGGACCGACACUAUUAUGAUAAUUACUUAUUUUUUGCUGUGUAAUUAUGAAUCUUAAUAAAAAUAACCACUCUA